CCGGUCGGGUUCCGUGCCUGCGCAGGCGGCGGCGCGCCUUCUGCCCCCCCCCUCCAGGCUCGCACCGCGCAUGCACGGGGAGGGGGGGUGGGGGUGUUCGCGGCCGGCUAGAUAUUCUGUGCUCGUGCAGGAAGAGGGCUGCUACCACCAGGGACGUGCACGAUUUCCCCCCCACCCCACCCCCUCCCCAAACUACAAAAAAAAAAAAACAACAAAAUCCAAAACACUGCCACCCACCGUGCCCCCGCGUCCAUCCCGUCCUGGCCUGCGCGCUGCCGACCGCGGGAGCCCACGGCGAGCGUCUGUAGCUGUGCCAGGCUGCAGAUCUGGCUUGCCCCUGAUCAGACUUACUCUGAUCUGAAGAUUUUGGAGUUUAAGGCAUUAAGAAAAUAGCCUGAAUUGUUCAUGGAGUUUUUCAUCAGUAUGUCUGAAACCAUAAAAUAUAAUGACGACGAUCAUAAAACACUGUUUCUGAAAACGCUGAAUGAACAGCGCCUGGAAGGAGAGUUUUGCGAUAUCGCGAUCGUGGUUGAAGAUGUGAAGUUCAGAGCCCAUCGCUGUGUUCUCGCUGCCUGCAGCACCUACUUCAAGAAGCUCUUCAAGAAGCUAGAAGUGGAUAGUUCUUCCGUCAUCGAGAUAGAUUUCCUCCGCUCUGAUAUAUUUGAAGAGGUCCUGAACUACAUGUACACAGCAAAGAUUUCCGUGAAAAAGGAGGAUGUGAACCUGAUGAUGUCAUCGGGUCAGAUCCUUGGUAUCCGGUUUCUGGAUAAACUCUGUUCUCAGAAGCGUGAUGUGUCCAGUCCCGAUGAAAGCAAUGGCCAGUCCAAGAGCAAGUACUGCCUCAAGUUAAAUCGGCCCAUCGGAGAUGCCGCCGACGCUCAGGAUGAUGAUGUGGAAGAAAUCGGGGACCAGGAUGACAGUCCCUCCGACGACACGGUAGAAGGCACUCCCCCGAGUCAGGAGGACGGCAAGUCCCCCACUACUACUCUCAGGGUUCAGGAGGCGAUUUUAAAAGAACUGGGGAGUGAGGAAGUCCGAAAAGUGAACUGCUAUGGCCAGGAAGUAGAAUCCAUGGAGACUCCCGAGUCCAAAGAUCUGGGGUCUCAGACCCCUCAAGCCUUAACAUUUAAUGACGGGAUGGGUGAAGUAAAAGACGAACAGACUCCAGGCUGGACAACAGCUGCCAGUGACAUGAAGUUUGAGUAUUUGCUCUAUGGUCACCAUCGGGAGCAGAUUGCCUGCCAAGCGUGUGGUAAGACGUUUUCUGAUGAAGGCAGAUUGAGGAAGCAUGAAAAGCUCCACACAGCAGACAGGCCGUUUGUUUGUGAAAUGUGUACAAAAGGUUUCACCACCCAGGCCCACCUGAAGGAACACCUGAAAAUUCACACAGGGUAUAAGCCCUACAGCUGUGAGGUGUGCGGGAAGUCCUUUAUCCGCGCCCCAGACCUAAAGAAGCAUGAGCGGGUUCACAGCAACGAAAGACCAUUUGCAUGUCAUAUGUGUGACAAAGCCUUCAAACACAAGUCUCACCUCAAGGACCACGAAAGGAGACACCGAGGGGAGAAGCCUUUCGUGUGUGGCUCCUGCACCAAGGCGUUUGCUAAGGCCUCAGAUCUGAAGAGGCAUGAGAACAAUAUGCACAGUGAAAGGAAGCAGGUCACCCCCAGUGCCAUCCAGAGUGAGACAGAACAGUUGCAGGCGGCAGCCAUGGCUGCCGAGGCAGAGCAGCAGCUGGAGACCAUUGCCUGCAGCUAGAGGUGAUGGGUCAGGAACACGUGGCCUGGGAGGUCGAUGCCAAGGUUGCAUUGAUCCCAGUCAGUGAACACCUUUGACUGCUUUUGUGGCAACUUAGAGUGUUGGACUGGCUGGACCUAAGACAGAGCUCAUUCCAGUUAGGUGAUUUUCAGAUUCCUCAAGGCAGUUACGUUACUACGUUCUGACCAAACAGUUUUUUAUUUUGUUUUUUUGUGAUGUCUAGUGUUCAUGUUCCCGGUAAGCUCCCCUGCCCCUCUUUAUGGUUUUAAUUUGAAAACUCCUUUGUCCGGUUGAAAGUGAGCGGCUUCUCUUCCAUUCUUAAUUCCUCUAUGCUUGCCAAACUGGUGAGUGCACCGCAGAGUAAUUGAAUAAAUUGAUUGCCUACCCGUCCCAAUAUAUGUGACUUAUGGUCAAAACAGCAGUUUUAUUAACUGGAUACAAGAACUUCAUAUUGGUGCAGAAAAUGUUGGCACAUGCCGACCGACCCAGGACACUAUAAAUACAAAACCAAGUUUGGAAAUACGGAAUGGUGUUAGUUUUAUAUUUGGCUUGUUGAUUUUUAAAUCUCUCUGUAUAUCAUUGUUUUUACUGUUUCCGUGGACAGUAAAUGGUUGCUUUGCUGAAGUGUUUCUUCAUCCGUUGUGAUGGCCCCUGCCCCCACCCCAAAUGCUGCAGGUCAUGUGGACCUCAGGGUGAGUGCGACCACCAGGAUGCUGGUAGUACUGGAACUGAGUUCCUCUUUGACCCAGUGUGGCCACUCUGCCUGUGGGUGUCUGGAGUGAACCGGUAGUGAGAGAAGGAGAGAAGUCUCCGAGACCAGGUUUUCACAGAUACAAAAACCCUCAAAUUUCCUAGGUCUUCAAAAUCCUGACUGAUUUCAAAAUUGGUUUUGUAUUUAGGAUCAAAAUUAGGACAAGAAACAAAAAUGCUUCUUGAGAUGUUUUAGUAGUUUAUGGAUGAUCAAGCUUUUGGGGUUCUCUGCAGCUCUCGGUUUCUCAUAAAGAUGCUUAAAUAAUUUCAAAUCUUUCAAAUGUGUAAAUAGUAGUGUUGGUCCUACGUAUUUCAAGGGAAAGGACAGCUGCACUUUUUUAUUUUUUUAUUUUUUUUGCACAUUGGAUUAAAGUACCUUUCAUUGGCAACAAACAUCAGACUGUCUUAACCGAUAUUAAAGAUCUUCAGACCGAUCAUUUGUUUUCCAAGUAUGUUUUAUCACUGGCUGCAGUUUUCAGUAGAAACUGACUGCCUCUUCAUAGCCAUAAAUCAGAAUUAUGAACUUUGUUUGAGAUCUGGCAUACUAAAAGUGCUUUUAACUGUUUCCUUAGGAGUAUAUUGAAAUGCCAACAGAGUUUGAAUUAUGUUCUGUAAGAAAGUACUAGACCAUUGUUUUAGGAUGUGUACAGUUGUAGAAAGUAAGUGCCAACUUUUAAAGUUCAUGUUUGGUUCUUAAGAUUUUCGUUUUUAAAAAAUACAUUAAAAUAAUUUCAUUACAUGGCUUGCUAUAUGAUCACCUGUUAUGACUAUUGUGAGAACAUUUUUAUUUUCAAAAUUGGUGUGCGUGUUACGCCCAAGAGUGUCAGGUGGGGAUGUUACCUUUCAGAAUUUCUUAUUUAUUGGUAAAAUGUUUUGGUUUAAAAUUAACUUAAUUUUCCCUGAAAGCUCUUUGUUCUGUAUUGAAGGCAGUCCUGUCAGUGUGUUUCUGUGCUGUUAGGGAGGGGACCGACUGCUGUUCCCAGGCCGUGCUGACCAAAGCAAACGUGAAGUCAGCUGACAUCCUGUUGAUAGCUACUUCAACAAACCAUAUUUUGGGCCUUUGUUUUUGUAUAUAAAGAAAAUAAUACACUUGUCUCGUUCUUGCUUGUUUUCU